AAAUCCUAAACAGUCUGCCAACGCCGGGAACGAGCCUAGGCGGCGGAGGUGGAAAUGUACUUUUGAACAUUUUAUUCAGAAUUUCUGAUUUUUUUUUACGAUUCGGGAAGCGGAACUAUCCACUAAACCGAGAUGAGAGCGUGCCUGCUCCCGUUGACUUUAACAGCGGGAAAGCUGGUAGCUCGACGCGGCUGCGCCGAGGGGUUUUUGUUUGCUGUGCGCUGUUUUCUAACAGGUAGUUCGGAGUAACACGGCGACAACAACCGCAGCUGAGGACAUUUGCUUUUGGCUUUUAUUUAUUUAUUUAUUUUUUAAUAUUUCCCUUUACGAACCUUCUGUUGCGGAGCUAUUUUCGAUUUUGAAAGGACACUCACUGCGUGGAAAUAUCGUCUGUGUUCUCCCGCGACAUGAGGGAAGAGGACGGGGUGGAUUGGGGCCAUCAGUUUUUCUAACGUUUCCCUUGGAGCGGCUCGUCUUGACCCACUUCCUUUUCGGAUUGUUUUCAAUGUGCACUCUUGAGGAAACCUGUGCCUUUUUAAAUCUGCAAUGAAAUAAUGGCGACACAUUGGGCAGCUCCACCCGAAGAGGAUGGAGAGGAAAAGCACGCAAGAGGAGCGGCGGCGGCAGCUGGCGGUGCAGCGGCAAGCGAGACAAAGCAAAAGGAUGUACAAGAGCAAAGUGAAGUGGCUUCACUUGUAGACGAAGAGCAAUUCUCAUGGCCAGGCCCCAAGACCAUUCGAUUGCAUCGGACCUCUCAGGGCUUUGGAUUUACUCUACGACACUUCAUAGUCUACCCUCCGGAAUCAGCUGUCCAUUCAUCUAUGAAGCAGGAUGAAGAGAAUGGCAAUAGAGGGAGGCAGAAGAGUCGGCUGGAGCCCAUGGACACCAUCUUUGUAAAGCAAGUGAAAGAAGGUGGACCUGCGCAUGAAGCUGGACUUUGCACUGGUGACAGGAUUGUGAAAGUGAAUGGUGAAAGUAUCAUUGGGAAGACCUACUCUCAAGUAAUAGCCUUAAUUCAAAACAGUGACACUGUCCUUGAUCUGUGUGUAAUGCCGAAAGAUGAAGACAUUCUGCAGUUGUUUUCAAAGGAUAUCGCAGCUCUGGCAUACUCUCAGGAUGCUUACCUUAAAGGCAACGAAGCCUACAGCGGCAAUGCCCAUAACAUACCCGAUCCACCGCCUAUAUGUUACCCUCGGAUAGAUGCUAAAGCCCCAGCCAUGGCUCAAGCCCCUAAUCUCACUUCUUCCCCGGAAACUACACUGGAGACCCUGAAAAGCAGCAAUGGUGGGGGUAGAACAGCAUGGUCUGGGGCUACAGUGGCAGGACAGCACGAGCUUGGCUACCGUAUGGAGAUUCCAGUCCCUCCCUCGCCCACCCAGGUUCCGAAAACUCAGACUGCAGUGUGUGUGUUCAAUGAGAGCGUUCGAACUGUUGUCGUCCCAGGUGAUAAAGUUGUUGACCAUAGCACUCGGGUCAGCCGGUCUGUUCCAGCACACAGAACGGAGGAAAUUCGGUAUAACCAGGCCCCAGAAAAAAUGGGAGUUACGAAAGUGAGGACGAGAUCUUCAGCAGGGUCAGCGUCAACAAGUGGACAGUUACAAUUUGCCCCGAUACGGCCUGCAGAAAGCAACAAGUUCACCUCUAGUGGUCAGCCUGUUAAUUUUGUCACCUCCUCUGAAGGACACCUGAGUAGACCACCUCAUACAGCUGCUAAUGAUCACUUUUUGAUUACAUCCAAUCACUACUCCCCCUCUUCCUCUACCUCCCCAGCUUCUCAUCAGAACAUCGACUGGCGCACAUACAAAACCUAUAAGGAGUACGUUGAGAAUAAACGCUUCCACAUGUAUGGAUGCCGCACCAUCCAAGAAAGACUGGACAGCCUGCGGGCAGCCUCCCAAAAUACUACAGACUACAAACAGGCGAUGCUUUCCAGUGGCUCCCAUGGAGCUGGCAACUUACAGGUUCGCAGAAGGAGCACCUCUCAUGACCGUGCUUACCAGACCUCUGCAUCUGUUCCCGUUCGUUACCGCAGUGUCUCACAGGAACGACUGGGAGGUGGAGGAAGUGACAGUGCCCCGCAUCUCAAGGACUGGCCAAGGAGUGCUUCCCAGGAUGCCUUGACUACUCCAGUUGUUGGAACCCAGAACCCCCGCGCUCACUCUUGUGACUACCUGGGAAGACAGGCUGAUACACCACCAGGAGACGGCUUUACCUCAGGGCGGCUAGUUGAAAGGCAAGGCUACAGCAGAGCAGAACAUGAAGAACGACUCCAUCCUCCUCCUCCUCCUCACUGUGAUGGCACUUGGCAGCCCAUGAGACAGCAACUAGGACAAAGGGUAGUUCCUUUGGCUCGAAGGACACCCAGCUUUGCCACCCCACCUGUUGGUGGAUUUAGCAGUGAAAGGAUUAGCAACAUAGGGGCUCGGGGUAUUUCUAAUUCUUCCCACUUUCCAAAACCCAUUGAUCAACCGCGUCCUUUCAGAGACUUUGCCUCCCACAGAGAGGACAGUCAGUCUCGUCCAUCCUCUUUAGCAGAAAGACCUUAUCGUAUGAUGGUAAAAAGCUCUGCCCCCGAUCCUUCAUUGUGUGCUCCUGCUUCAUCUCCAACUUUUGGACAGAGUGUCAGUGGACUUGAUGUGCUGAAAGACCAAAGAAUCGUGGCAUCUAAUCACAUGUCACGGGUUGUUCAGCACCAGCAACCUCAGGCUCGAGCAGACCAUGUUCUAGACCACGGAAUGGAUGCUGGGAUCGAUCCACGUUGCUCUAAGACAGCUGGACCAGCAAAAGUCUUGGCACACUCCAGUCCUGGCAAACCCUUAAGCCCACUUCAGCAACAGCAGUGCCUCUCUACCUCUUCCACCAAUGGCAUAAUGUUUGUGCAAAACAAAAUCAGAGACUCCUCUGAGAAGAUCAACAGCAAAGAAAUGGCCCAAUGUGAGGAGACUACGGCAGUAGUCUUGAGGGAAAAGCCUCCUUCUGGGAGACCAACCCCGCAGCCACUGAGGCACCAGUCCUACAUCAUGGCUGUGGCAAAUCCUGAAGCUGAGCCAGUUCCCGAUUCCACCUGCUGGUUACCCAAUGAUGCCCGCCGAGAGGUCAACAUGAAGCGCCUGGGUGAGCAAAGGAAAGCAUCCAACUCCAGUCCACCUGAUGACUCCUUGGCUUCGAUUCCAUUUAUUGAUGAGCCCUCCAGUCCAAGCGUGGAUCACGAUAUCACACACAUUCCAGCCUCUGCUGUGAUUUCUGUAUCACCAGCCAUAACUGCAAGUCCCCCUAGUCCAACUCCUGUCAUUCGACGGCAGCUCUCUCAUGAUCAAGAUUCCCUUCGAAUCAGUAUUUCUGAGUCCCAGCCUGUUACAAAAACAGAGCGCUCAAAGUCAUACGAUGAAGGGUUGGACAAUUAUAGAGAAGAAGGGAGAUCACGGUCCUCCAUUAAACAUGUGUCCAGUCUGAAGGGGUUGAAGAAGGCUCUCGAUGGCCAAAAAUCCACAGAAGACUCUGGUUCCAGAAGGAAUUCCUCAUUAGACGUCUUCAGCGAUGCAACAAAAGAGGGUUGGCUCCACUUUCGGCAGCUCAACACAGAAAAGACCAAGCGUGUUGGUGGGAGCAUGAGGCCGUGGAAACACAUGUAUGCUGUACUCAGGGGGCCAUCGCUCUAUCUUUACAAAGAUAAGAAGGAUCUUCUGACACAAGGAUCUGCUCCCACUGAAGAAGAUCAGCAGAUAAUCAGCAUCAAAGCCUGUCUGAUUGAUAUCUCCUACAGUGACACUAAGCGGAAAAAUGUGCUGAGGCUCACCACCUCGGACUGCGAAUAUCUCUUCCAGGCUGAGGAUCGGGAGGAUAUGCUGUCAUGGAUUAGGGUCAUACAGGAGAACAGUAAUUUAGAUGAAGAGAGUGCAGGUGUAACUAGUACAGAUCUAAUAAGCAAAAAGAUAAAGGAGUACAAUACAAUACUGAGUUCUUCCAGCAGUAAAACUGAGCCAUCCCCCAAAACCCCCCGGCAGUCGCUCAGCAUUAGACAAACGUUACUUGGAACUAAAGGAGAACCAAAGGCCCAUAGUCCACACUCGCCAAAGCAGGAUUCAGAACGCAAGCUCCUAAGCAAAGAUGACACAAGUCCACCAAAGGACAAAGGCACCUGGCGCAAAGGUAUCCCUAGUCUGGUGAGAAAAACCUUUGAGAAGAAGCCUCCACCUGGUGUGACGUUUGGAGUUCGGCUUGAUGACUGUCCUCCAGCACUUACAAACAAAUUUGUGCCUCUAAUAGUUGAGAUCUGCUGUAAUCUGGUGGAGGAAAGAGGUCUAGAAUAUACAGGGAUCUAUCGAGUUCCAGGAAACAAUGCUGCUAUUUCCAAUAUGCAAGAAGAGCUUAACCGAGGAAUGGAUGACAUUGACAUACAGGAUGAUAAAUGGAGGGACCUGAAUGUUAUCAGUAGUUUGCUGAAAUCCUUUUUCAGGAAGCUUCCUGAACCCCUUUUCACAAAUGAAAAAUAUUCAGAUUUUAUAGACGCUAACAGAACUGAAGAUCCUGUGGAAAGACUUAAGACCCUCAAGAGGCUUCUAUACGAGUUACCAGAACAUCAUUUUGAGACGCUCAAGUUUCUUUCUGCCCACUUGAAAACUGUUGCUGAAAACUCUGAAAAAAAUAAGAUGGAGCCCCGAAAUCUGGCAAUAGUGUUUGGACCAACACUUGUAAGGACAUCAGAAGAUAACAUGACUCACAUGGUCACGCACAUGCCAGACCAGUACAAAAUAGUUGAAACUCUUAUUCAGCAUUAUGACUGGUUUUUCACAGAAGAAGGAAUUGAAGACCCAAUGACUCCAGUCCAACAAGAAUCAGCUGUUGAUUCUCAACCUGUACCAAACAUCGAUCAUUUGCUUACCAACAUAGGAAGAACGGGUGUGUCCCCUGGCGAUGUAUCAGGUAACUUCAUUGGACCUGAUACUCUGUGGGAUUCUGCUACUAGUGACUCUGCAAAAUCUAAGGGUUCUUGGGGAUCUGGCAAGGAUCUUUACACUAAAGAGCUGAUAGUGUCGUCGUUUUUCGCUGCUGCAAGCCGUAAGCGCAAGAAACAAAAGGAGAAGCCACAACCAAGCAGCUCAGAAGACGAGUUAGACAACGUCUUUCUAAAUAAAGAGCCCCCGAAUCAGGGAGACAAUCCAAAUGGGCCUUUUGAUGGAGCAGGUAAAGCUAAUGUGGACGGAGACUGUGGCGUGAGGGACAGUCAUGGACCCAGAGCAGACAACACCAGUUCUCAGCAAAAGAGUAGAGGGAAACUUGAUAACAAAAGCACCUUUGUUGUUGGAGAAAAAGUGCCUUCAGGGCAACCUUCUCCAUCGCCCAGCCCAAAAUGUACCCACUCGCCAGGGCUUAGCUACAGGCUGCAGACGCUGGUGAAGACCUCACUGUCUGACUGCCCUUCACAGUUUGAUGAUGCAGUGUCAGAUUUGGGUACAUUGAACAGUACCAGCUCCCAGGCAUCAAUUCACGGGACGAGACACAGGAAGUGGACCACUCCUGAAACAAAAGGGAACGAAUACAUCAUGGCUGAAGUUAGCUCAAUCACCUCUGAUUACUCCACAACAUCAUCUAUGACCUACCUAACUGGAAUGGAGUCGAGUCUCUUAAGCCCAGAGGCUCGGUCUGUUGCCGAAAGUAGAGGAGACGAAGCGGAUGAUGAACAGAGCGAGCUUGUUAGUGAGGGUCGACCAAUGGAAACCGAUAGCGAGAGUGAAUUCUCAGUGUUUGCUGCCAGUUCAGCUCCUGGAAGGGUACUUUGUGAUGCAUUCCACGACAAGGAGCAGCAAAGUCGCAGAGGGUCAGCAGGGAGUGAGUUGACGUGGACAGAAGGUAGCACCACGCCAAAGCUGGAAGGUCACAGAGCGUUCAGGUCACACAAGCUCAUAGAGUGUGAUACGCUGUCCAGGAAGAAGUAUGUGAGGCAAAAAACAGACAGCGAGUCAUCGGCAGAGAUCAGGAGUGACAAGGAGACAAACAGACUGUCAAAGGUAAUGGAGGUCGUGAAGAAAGGGAAGUCAACCGGGAGCCUGCCUUCAACCUCGAAGAGUGAGGUGGAAAAAACGGAAGCCGCGUGGCAUCUAAAAAUCUCGGAAAGGCUCAAGUUUCGUUUGAAGGCGUCGGCAGACGAUAUGUUUGGGGUCGGCAUGCAGAAAAAUAGUUCGGCCGAGGUGCGGAAAAAGAAGAGUAUCCGGCGACGACACACCAUGGGGGGACAAAGAGACUUUGCAGAGUUAGCCGUCUUGAACAACUGGAGCGAACAUGAGCCCGCCAAUGGGGACAAGGAGUCGGAACUCUCGGCCGUGGACCGUCUGAAGCCCAAGUGCCACUCUCAGGAUCUUUCCAUCCGAGAGUGGAUUGCGCGAGAGCGUUUCCGCACAAGUAACCCAGAAGCGAAUGACGACUGCACAGCGGACCAGUUGGCCGUAGACCAGGGAGAAGGGCCGAAGCCAGGGCUGCAUUUAUCUGUUCGGGAAGGUACUGGCAGCUCUAGCAGCUUGACUCCUGGGACUCGGCCUUCCCCAUCGGCGUCUCCGAGUCCAAUGUCAGCUGACCAAUUAAAUGGUGACAACGUGCAGAAUAAGAACAAAAGUAAUUUAAGCCUUGUGGUGGAUGCCCACCCUCAAAAACUCUCGGGCACCCAGGUGGUUAGGUCACGUUUUUAUCAGUAUCUGUAAAACAGCAGUCAGUAUUUAUGUUUACUGCGACUUUUGACAGCUAGUUGCUUGUAUUAUUUUUUUAACUGUAUAUAUGUACUUGAAUUCUGUAUUAUUUCUGUUAUUCAGCCUUGAAUGGGCUGAUUUCUGUGCUGUGUACUGUGGAACCUCUUUGCAGUGCGUCCUAACAGCCAGAUCAUCUGUGCUAGUAAGAGACCUUUUAUACGACUUAAUCUACGACAUUUAUGCAGAACGACUCUCCUGAUGCAACACAAUCGGUUAUUGUGUGAUGGCAUCCCAUUGCGUUGUCAACCAUUGGCAUCGGAAAAUAAAAAUAAAAAAAAACAGCAAAUAAAUCCGAUCUAAAAAUCAUGUCUAUUCACGAAAGAAAGUGCCUCAUGACAAACUGGUUCUGGGUUAGUUAGGGUGCCAUAUUGUCUUUCUUUUUUUUAAUGUACUGUGAAUAACUGGAUUUUAUGAGCAAAUUUGUUUUUGUUGGACUUUCCAACCAAACACCACCCCCCCCCAACGUAUUCGAACACAGGCCGACUCGGAGCUUCCAUUCUGUAGGCAUUCCACUGGCUCUCUCCGUUUUAAUAUCCAUCUCUCAGUUCAUCCAAUCCCAUCCUGCUUUUGUUUUUAAUGGAACUUGAAUUUUUAUUAUUUCUGUAAAAUAAAUGUAUAUAUUUUAUGUCUACCAUUUUGCCUUUAUUUUAUUAAUUUAGUCUCAGAUGCCUCGUGUUUGUAACAUCCGCAUGUAGAUAGUGAACCCUGGCUGGGGAGGGUUGGGGACUGGUCAUUGGAUGAUUUUAUCUUCAUCUCGGACUGCAUGACAGAUGUUUUGGGGUUUUUUUUUCCGUUAUUUUUUUUUUUUUUUAUUAUUAUUUUUUUCCCCCAUGACUGGACAUUGUAUCAUGCCUGUGUACAGAUAUUCUAGGAGGGCAGACUCCUAAAAACACUGGAAAUAAAAAGAAAUCUUUCUGUGA